AUGGCACCAAAGAAGGCUAAGAAGAGCGCCGACAACAUCAACUCGCGCCUUGCGCUUGUGAUGAAGUCCGGCAAGGUCACCCUGGGCUACAAGUCUACCCUGAAGUCCCUCCGCUCUGGCAAGGCCAAGCUCGUCAUUAUUGCUGGCAACACUCCUCCUCUUCGCAAGAGUGAGCUCGAAUACUACUCCAUGCUUUCCAAGACCAGUGUCCACCAUUUCUCCGGCAACAACGUAAGAUAA